GCGGGGCCGAGCACCGGGGCGGGGCCUAAGCGGAAAGGGCGUGGCCGCAUCCCGGAAGCGCGUCGGGCCGGCCGGAAGCGGAGGCCGGGAGGAGAAUGGCGGAGGGGGAGGUGUCCGAGGGCUGCCGCCUGCCCGUGCUGCGCCGUAACCAGGACAACGAGGAUGAGUGGCCACUGGCCGAGAUCCUGAGCGUGAAGGACAUCAGCGGCAGGAAACUGUUCUACGUGCACUACAUCGACUUCAACAAGCGUCUGGACGAGUGGGUGACCCACGACCGGCUGGACCUGAAGCGGGUGCAGGUGCCCCGCAAGGAGGCCAAGACCCCCACCAAGAACGGCCUGCCCGGCUCCCGGCCCGGCUCCCCCGACAGGGACACGAGGAAGAGCCUGGAGCUGGCGCUGUCGGUGGCCCCCGCCAGCGGGAAGAGUUUGCCAGGGCCACCAGCGGGGCCACCACCGGGGCCAGCAGGGCCACCGGCAGGGCCACCAGCAGGGCCACCGGCAGGGCCACCAGCAGGGCCACCAGCAGGGCCACCAGCGGGGCCGGGGCCCAUCACGCUCCGCUUGCACCUGCCCAAGGAGAGCGAGGCCGAGCCCCCCCAGCGCCCCACGAAGCGCAAGGUGGAGGUGGUGUCCCCGGCCACGCCCGUCCCCGCCCCCAGCGAGACCUCGCAGGCCUCCGUUGUUCCC